UUUCGUUCAGGUGAUCCUUUGUUUAAUCAAUCAAACAACUGAUAUUUUCUACAUAUUUUAUUUAAUGUUUAUUUUGAUUUUCGGAUAAUAUGAAUGUACAUUUUUUAAAUCUUUCUGUAUUAUACUAAGCACCAUGAUAUUUGGCUGGGAUUCUUCCGACAUCAAACAAUUCGAAGAUGGAUGGAUCCAUUAUGCUUCCGCAUAUCGGAGCGAACCGGACGUUGAUGUCAAUGAUCUCAACUGCACUCUGCCGGCCAUCGUGGAGUUCCCCAACUUUAUGCGACGGAAAAGUUGGAUAUCAGCCGUAGUGUGCUUUUUUCUAUCCAUGUACCUUUUCGUCUUCCUGGCGAUUGUCUGUGACGAUUACCUGGUGCCAGCCAUGGAGCGUCUUUGCUACACCCUGCGGAUGACAUAUGAUGUGGCGGGGGCUACUUUCCUGGCGGCUGCCACCUCGGCACCCGAACUGUUCGUAAACUUUGUAGGAACAUUCGUCACUAGCGGGGACAUCGGAGUGGGCACGGUCGUGGGCUCAUCGGUGUUCAAUAUCCUGGUGAUUGCCGCCGUUUGCGGCAUUCUUUCUCAACCGGUUAAAGUGGGUUGGUGGCCGGUGACGAGGGACACCAUCUGGUAUCUCGUGGCCAUCGCAGCGCUCACAAUUACACUGUUGGACUCGCAGGUCAUGUGGUACGAGGCAUUGACCCUCUUUCUUCUUUACUUUGUGUAUCUUAUUCUACUGAUCCUGGACCGACGGAUCCAAAAUUUGGUUCGCAAAGAGCACAUUGAGUCGGAGCUGUUGAACGAGGAUCCGCUGACGCGCGAGGAGGACCCUUUGAAAGGAUUCCGGGAUCACGUGUGCACUAAACCGGAGCCCGGAUCCAACAUCUGCAAGUGGAUCUGGUGGGCGAUCAAGUAUCCGGCGGAACUGCUGCUCGCCUGCACCGUGCCCAGUGCCAGGUCCAUAUUCUUCCUCUCCAUGCUAAUGGCCGUCGUGUGGAUCUCCGUGAUCUCCUAUAUGCUCACCUGGUUCCUCACCGUUGUGGGCCACAACCUUAGCAUUCCGGACUCGAUCAUGGGACUCACUGUACUGGCCGCCGGUACCAGUGUGCCCGAGGUAGCAUCCUCCUACAUCGUCUCCAAGAAGGGCUAUGGCUCAAUGGCCAUCUGCAAUGCCAUUGGCUCGAACACCUUCGACAUUUUCGUGUGUCUGGGUCUGCCCUGGCUGAUGAAGAGCCUGAUCGUCCAGCAUGAGAUUGAGAUCGAUUCCACGGCCCUCACCAUCACCACGGCCAUGCUGGUGGGCACCGCCUUCGUCCUCUACGUGUGCCUCCUGGCCAACAGGUUCUGGCUGGGCAAGGUCGUCGGAUGGAUUUGCCUGGCCUCCUAUGUGGCCUUCCUCAUCGUCGCCUGUACACUGGAGAUGCUACUGGCCGCCACAAACAAUUGCGACCUGGAGGAGGUUGGGUUUGUCUAGGUUCAUUAUUCGGAAGCUGUUGUAACAAGUAAUAAAUUCAACAGAAGUAA